UACAGAAGAUGGAAAACUAAUGCUGUUCAAUUAUAUGACUACCUAAACACGGUCAAUUCAAUAUGGCCUUCUCUGACUGUCCAAUUCUUUCCAGAUGUUGAGACUGUUGAAGAAAACAAGAAGUAUAAAUAUAGAUUACUUUCAGGUACAUUCACUUCGGGACAACGUGAAGAUUAUUUACAACUUGGAAGUUUCACGGUGAAAUCAGAGAUUGAAGAAGUGGAUAUUUCAAAAUAUGAUCAAGAUCUUGAAGAAUUCAUAAGUUCAAAUCCAAUAUCUGGUAAAUUCAACUAUGAUCAAAAAAUCUUACAUCAAGGAGAUAUUAAUAAAGCAAGAUAUAUGCCUCAAAAACCUGAUCUAAUAUCAACAAUAAAUAAUAAUGGGGAAAUUUUCAUAUUUGAUAAAACAAAACAUUCAUCACAACCAUCUGAUGAAUUCAAAUUUGAAAUUAAACUAAACUCUCAUAAAAAGGAAGGGUUUGGACUAAGUUGGAAUAAUUUUAAAGAAGGCUUACUUUUAUCAAGUUCAAUUGAUGGUGUAACAAAAUUAUGGGAUAUAACAAAAUAUUCCAAAAAUUGUAAAAUAAUGGAUACACCUACUAAUAACUUCACAACAGAUUCAAAAGGUACCAAUGAUGUUGAAUGGAUACCUACACAUAAUUCAAUUUUUGGUACAGUUGGUGAAGAUAACAUAGUCAAGAUUUUCGAUACAAGAACUAAUUCAAUCUUGAAGCAAAAUGAACCUAAACACCACACUGGUGGGAUUAAUGCGUUGUCAUUCAAUCAUGAGAAUCAAUUUUGUUUAGCAACUGCAGAUUCUAAUGGGAUUUUAAACAUUUGGGAUAUUAGAGAUUUUUCCAAACCAAUUUUCCAAACCUCCAAGGCACAUAACGGUUCAAUUUCUACUAUAUCGUUCAAUGAGAAUAAACCAAACAUAUUAGCAACAGCAGGUGCAGAUGAUAACCUGGUUAAACUAUGGGAUUUCUCCAAGGAGGAAGAUAAUCAAUUAAUCUUCACACAUGGUGGACAUAUGUUGGGUAUUAAUGAUAUCGCAUGGAACCCUCACGAUGAUUGGAUGAUUAGUUCCGUGUCUAAUGAUAAUACAUUACAAGUCUGGAAACCAUCCAAACAGUUAAUUAAUUGA